UAAGAACUACACAAAAUCUCAGAUAAUUUUGGCUAAAAUAGUGAUACUGUCAGAAUAGGAAGGAGUGUGAUCGAGCUAGCUACGACGACGACGCGAUCAUAUUUCUCCUCAAUUUCUCCCCAAUUUCUCCCAAUUCGAACACACCUUAUCUAUAAUCCGGUGUUGAUGAUCUGCAGAGGUUUAUGCGAUGGCAAAUAAUUUAACGGGUCAACUAGUGGGAUCAGAGAUACAUGGAUUCCACACAUUGCAAGAGCUGGACGUUAGGGGCAUUAUGGAGGAAGCAAGAAUAAGAUGGCUUCGUCCCAAUGAGAUUCACGCCAUGCUUUGUAAUCACAAGUAUUUCACCGUCAAUGUGAAACCAAUGAAUUUGCCCAAAAGCGGUACUAUUGUAUUAUAUGACCGCAAGAUGCUUCGGAACUUCAGAAAAGAUGGGCACAACUGGAAAAAGAAAAAGGACGGAAAAACUGUUAAAGAAGCUCAUGAGCACUUAAAAGUUGGUAAUGAAGAAAGGAUUCAUGUAUAUUAUGCACAUGGUCAAGAUAACCCCAACUUUGUUCGUCGAUGUUAUUGGCUGCUUGAUAAGAGUCUGGAACACAUAGUCCUUGUUCAUUACCGUGAAACGCAGGAGUCUCAAGGUUCUCCAAUCACUCCCGUAAACUCAAACUCGACUACUGCCUCUGACCCGACUGCACCGUGGAUAUUGUCAGAAGAAAUAGAUUCAGGGACCACAACUGCAUAUGCUGGUGAGAUUAACGACAAUAUAACAGUCAGAAGUCAUGAACUGAAACUUCAUGAGAUUAAUACACUUGAAUGGGACGACCUAGUGGUUGCAAACGAUCUUAACACCUCCACUGCGCCUAAUGGAGGAAAAGUUCCAUAUUUUGGUCAACAAAAUCAAAUUUUACUGAAUGGAAAUUUUAGCAAUGUAUCCACCCAUGCAUCUACAGAAAUACGUUCUUUCGAUAAUUCAACUCAGCCAAUGGCAGCGAGCAAUAGUGUUCCAUACAGUUUUUCAGAAAGUGUUACUCUUCAGACAGUGGACAGUCAAGGAAAUCGAAAUGAGCAGAGGAACCACCCUGUCGCUUCAGGUGGUGUUGAUUCAUUGGACACUUUGUUCAAUGGCAGAUUGCAAAGUCAGGACAGCUUUGGAAUGUGGGUGAACCAAAUCAUGUCUGAUUCCCCUUGUUCAGUCGAUGAGUUGGCUCUUAAAUCCUCGGUUUCAUCUAUUAAUGAACCGUAUUCAUCUUUAGUAUUGGAUAAUCAGCAACUCUCUCUUCCUGAACAAGUGUUUAAUCUCACAGAUGUGUCCCCUGCGUGUGCUUCUUCCACAGAGAAAUCACAGGUCCUGGUGACUGGAUUCUUUCAUGAAGACUACAUGCACAUCUCUAAAACCAAUCUAAUGUGUGUCUGUGGUGAUGCAAGUGUUCCUGCAGAAAUUGUUCAUGAUGGAGUCUACCGAUGCUGGAUACCACCACAUUCUCCGGGACUCGUGAAUCUCUACAUGAGCUUUGAUGGCCAUAAGCCUAUCAGCCAAGUUGUUAAUUUUGAGUAUCGUACUCCUAUUUUGCACGAUCCAAUAGAAUCUGUGGAAGAGAAAAACAAUUGGGACGAGUUUCGACUUCAAAUGAGGCUUGCUUAUUUGCUCUUUGCUAAACAGCAGAGUCUCGAUGUAAUCGCUAGUAAAGUAUCACCUAGUAGACUGAAGGAGGCAAGGGAAUUCUCCUUGAAGACAUCGUUUAUUUCCAAUAGUUGGCAAUACUUAAUGAAGUCAACAGAAGACAACCAAAUUCCGUUUUCGCAAGCAAAAGAUGCCCUGUUUGGAAUUGCAUUGAAAAACAGAUUAAAGGAAUGGCUUGCAGAAAGAAUUGUUUUAGGAUGUAAGACUACUGAAUAUGACGCGCAAGGCCAAAGUGUCAUCCAUUUGUGUGCAAUUUUGGGAUAUACAUGGGCAGUUACUUUAUUUUCAUGGUCAGGCUUGUCGCUAGAUUUUCGGGAUAAGUUUGGAUGGACUGCUCUUCAUUGGGCAGCAUAUUACGGCAGGGAGAAAAUGGUUGCAACUUUAUUGUCAGCUGGGGCAAAGCCUAACUUGGUCACAGAUCCAACUCAACAAAAUCCUGAUGGAUGUACUGCUGCUGAUCUUGCUUAUAAUAGGGGUUAUCAUGGCUUAUCAGCUUAUCUUUCGGAAAAGUCUCUAGUUGAGCAGUUCAAUGACAUGAGCUUAGCUGGAAAUAUCAGUGGCUCACUGGAAACUAGUAUGGAUGAUCCAGUAAAUUCUGAGAACUUUACCGAGGAGCAGAUCUACAUGAAAGAUACAUUGGCAGCUUACAGGACAGCUGCUGAUGCAGCAGCACGCAUACAAACUGCAUAUAGGGAGCAUUCGUUGAAGUUACAAACAGAGGCGGUUGAGUUUUCCAGCCCAGAAGCUGAAGCACGCAAAAUAGUUGCAGCAAUGAAGAUUCAGCAUGCCUUCCGAAAUUUUGAGACAAAGAAAGUGAUGGCUGCUGCUGCUCGCAUACAGCAUAGGUUCCGUGCAUGGAAGAUUCGUAGAGAGUUUGUCAAUAAGCGCCUUCAAGCUAUCAAGAUUCAAGCUGCUUUCCGGUGCUUUCAACAAAGGAAGCAAUAUCGUAAAAUUAUUUGGUCAGUUGGUGUGGUUGAGAAAGCAGUGUUGCGUUGGCGUUUAAAGAGAAAGGGCUUCCGCGGACUCCAGAUUAAUACUGCAGAAGCAGCGGGAGAUCAGAAUCAGCACAGUGAUGUAGAGGAGGAAUUCUUUCGAACUGGUAGGAAACAAGCUGAAGAACGUGUUGAGAGAAGUGUAAUACGAGUGCAGGCUAUGUUCCGUUCGAAGAAAGCUCAAGAAGAUUACAGGAGAAUGAAGUUGGCUCUUAAUCAAGCAAAGAAUAUUCCUUUGUGCAGCUGGAACGUGAAUAUGAAAAAAUGCUUAGUACUGAAGUUGAAAUGGAACUGAAGACAUAGUUUAGCCCUAGUUCCUAGAAAGGUUGUUAUUGUUGAGAUGCACCUCAGCAGAAUGUGAAGGGAGGUUUGUGCUGUUUUUGUAUAUGAAAUAGACUUUGUAAAUUCCACUUGACCCUUUCAAAUUUCUUUAAAUAUCACAGAAUGGGUCAUGUAUGAAUCUUUCAUGAGUGUUGACCUCUCCAUGAUUGAUUCAUCUGAUGCAAGUCCUAAAGUUGAAUAAACAGAAUAGUUCCACCAAAAAGUCCGGUACAGGGAUGGUAACGAGCUUCUCCGUUUCCUUGAACGGUUGCACCUCGAAAUACAGGAGGUGAGGCAACCAAAGAUCAGUGACUAGGAAAAUUUUCAUAUUUGUAUUGAUGUAAAGCUAUUUUGCGCCAACAUAUCUUAUAUAACCCGUGUAUAAAGACACUUCUACUUUUAAGUAUCAUACGCACUAUCAGUUAUAUCUA